GGGCUGGGCUCUGUGCCCGCGCCCGCCUGCGCGCUGCUGCUGCUCUUCCCUCUCACGGCUCAGCAUGAGAAUUUCAGGAAAAAGCAGAUCGAAGAGCUGAAGGGACAGGAAGUUAGUCCCAAAGUGUACUUCAUGAAGCAGACCAUCGGAAACUCGUGUGGCACCAUCGGACUCAUCCACGCAGUGGCCAAUAAUCAGGACAAGCUGGCCUUCGAGAAUGGGUCUGUUCUGAAGCAGUUUCUUUCUGAGACAGAGAAAAUGUCCCCGGAAGACAGAGCAAAGUGCUUUGAAAAGAACGAGGCCAUCCAGGCGGCCCACGAUGCCGUGGCACAGGAAGGUCAGUGCCGGGUAGAUGACAAAGUGAACUUCCACUUCAUCCUGUUCAACAACGUGGAGGGCCACCUCUAUGAACUUGAUGGACGAAUGCCUUUUCCCGUGAACCACGGCUCCAGUUCAGAGGACUCCCUGCUGCAGGAUGCUGCCAAGGUCUGCAGAGAAUUCACUGAGCGUGAGCAAGGGGAGGUCCGCUUCUCGGCUGUGGCCCUCUGCAAGGCAGCCUAAUGCCCUCUCACUGUCGGCGUGAAAAUGCGUACCCCUCCCUGCAGUCGAAAUUGCUUCCGUCCUUGUCAAGCAGCUGUUGUCCUUUUCCGUUCUGUAGAAGCGCACUUCCCCUCAGCCACACCCGCACAGCAGCACAAUGCCACUGCUGAUUCAAGCACUGUCGGGUGCACGCUUCAGAUGGCCAAGCAUCACCCCCACCCCCCCCAAUUGGAUGUCUUGUACCUUAAUAUCGAUCUCAUGCUAUAAGUGGCUUACUUUGGUUUACGUCUGGAUGUGAUGGCCUGGGGGGUGGUUUAAUCGUAUUGUCAUUAAAAGAAUUAAACUUUUCUGCUGAUACACA